AUGGCGAUUUAUUUUUCUCUACUGUUCUACUCUUCCCUUAUGGCGAGCCUGUCGUUUAUCGCAGGUCUUCCGCCCUUCUGGAUCCUGAACAAAUCAGAGCAGGCUUUGCCAUAUCUGAUCACAUUGACUUCCGGGUUGCUUCUUUCAACCUGUAUCAAUAUAGUGCUACCGGAAGCGAUUUCUCAUUUGACCGAAAAGCAAUUGAGCUCACCUACCUUGGGUCCCCAAAUUUUGUUAGGGUUCAUACUUUUAUAUUCGGUCGAUGUAUGUUCUUCAUUGUUUUCUAAGUACUACAGGACUCGUUUGCUAAACUCCAUUACAACAAAUGCUGAUGAGGUUGGGCUCGAGUAUGAGAAUGGCAACGAUUCCUCGUAUUCCAGCAAUGGUUGCAAUAUUAUCGCUUUAAAGGCGUAUUUAUUUUCAGUCAUAUCCAACUCCACUACUUUGGGGUUGCUUCUUCAUUGCCUUACCGACGGCAUCAUCCUCACAACCUCCUUAUUGUCCGAAGAUUCAAAUCCCCAUGAUUCAAACGCAUUUGUCAUCAUAUUAGCAAUAUUUUUGCACAAACUCCCCGCUUCUUUCUCUUUGACAUCGAUUUUGUUGAACCAGAAAUUAAAAAGCUCCGUCAUCUUGUUCCACUUACUUCUAUUCUCGAUAUCUGCACCAAUUGGUGCGUGGAUCACUUUACUGAUUUCGCAGCUUUUGAAUAUUGCAGGAAAUCCUUCCUCAAACACAUUCAUACUAUUGUUCAGCGCUGGCGCUUUCCUAUACGUCAGUUUUCAUACCUUUAUUUCGUGUCAUAGUCACGAUGCUGCCGCAAAAUCAGAUGACUUUUCAGGAUCAAAAACCAAUUGGAACUUUUUGAUUACUAUGCUUGGAAUGUUAAUUCCUUUAGUAGUAGCCUUCACACACGACGACUGA